UAUGUUUUCAGUCCUGCAAAUGGGCAUUCUUAUACGGCUCUUUGUUGACCACUUGUUCUGAAUUUUGAUGUAGUUUGGCUCUUUGGUUUUAAAAGGUUGCUGACCCCUGGGCUGGUAGGUUCCCUGCUUCUUUUGCAAUUAAACACAUCCCCUUAGUCUCUGCUUCAUAUGCUGGCUGUCCUGUUUCUUUCCCCUUAGUCUCUUGCUUUACCCCAGGAAUGGUGUCAGUGCAGUUUGGUUUAAUGCAGAGUAAUGAGUAAAUGAGCAAUAACUAAGGUAUGGCUCCCUUCACCUCUCGAUCUGCAGGUGGCAGAGAUGGGCAUUGUGACCUCAUUGCUUUGGGGCAGUGAAAUGCACUGGCAGGAGAAGUAUGUUCCUCAAGGACAUGGAUGCACAUCACAAUUGGCUUGUUGGUUGGUGUUCUCAGAAGAAAGACCAAGACGUGAAUGGAUGUGGAGCCUAAGGGGCCAUUGAAGCCUGGUGCUUGAUCCUGAGGAACUGGGAGAGUCCAGAGCCCUUGCUCCUGGUGGUGGCAGGCUUUGCACUGUACUUUCUGCAGUAGCCACAUGAAUAACGAACCAGCUCCAUGCCGUGGCACGGGGUGAGUGGCAGAGAUUUCAGGGGGAGGCUGGUGGGGACUCGAUCGCCUCCUGCAGAGGGAGCAGGCUGGAAGACUGCUUCCUCCUUGGUUUGAGACACUCCCUGCCUCACAGGGACUCACUCACCCCUGUCAAUAGGAACUCACUGCCCUCUCAGUGACGUCUGGACUUAACUUCUGGUUCUUCUAGCCAACCAUGCUCUGUCCUCUGUUCAUAUUCCUGAGUUUCUUCUAGCCCUGCUCCAACAAGUUCCAAAGGCUUCUACGCUUAUCUAGUCGCUCUCAGUUCCUUCUUGUUGGACACAGUCAUUAACUGCUCGUUAUUCCUCCUGCAAAGUCACAAGAGCAAAAUUAAUAUCAUGCCGUUGGAGAAACUGAGCAAAAUCCAACUGGAAAUAAACAGUAGGAGAAAUGCCCAGAAAUUGUAGGUGUGGAGUAAUCCUGGAAGGCAAAAAGAAGAUCUUGGCGUUGUGGGAUUUCAUUCCCUUGCUCCAUGUUCCCAUCAGAGAAACUUAUAAUAACCUGUGCAAAUGGAGCAGUGGAGACAGGAGAGGUGCAGGACAAUCUAUUCUUGACUGGAAAGCCUGGGGCUCUCUCAAUACUGAAUAUGAUGCCAUGUAAAGUGGAGGUAGCUUCAGAUGUCUCAUUUGGCUCAACUGGAAUCUCUUGUUUAGAGAGAGCUGUGUGAACUGCUCCUGCAGGUGAGACAGCUUUUCCGGGUCACUGCAAGGGAGCCAUUAGUAGGAAUAUUUGCUUGGUAAUUCAAUCCCGGCUCAAGCUUCCCACUAAUUGAUUGAGGAGUUUCUUUGAAGUGAAGAAGUCAACUUAGUGUCUGAAGGGGGGCGGGCCUUGGAGAAGAGGCUUCAGGUAAAAAAAGUUUAUUUCACACCUGCUGGAGUCAAGUGGGUGAUCAGAGAUUCUCCUGCAGUUUGCCUUCUACAUACACACACCUAGUCCACCUGAGCUCACCUGUUCAAGAUUCAGUCUGCUCUGCAGAUCUCCGAAUUACUCCGUGCAGGUGCAGCAACUCUGCUUGUGUGACCCUAGAGGAGGAUGUUCAGCUCAGAAUACACGGCAUCUUCACUCCCAGCUGCCUCUCACUUCUACAGCCCUGCUCUCUCAGCCCACCUCAGAUCCACUCCUGUUUGCAGCCUCUUCCUCCCAGCUCCCCUUUUCAGCUACCAGCUCUUCCAGCACUACAGCCCUCCAGAGCCCUGCAAACAAGCACUGCUGCUGGCAAGCCAAGGCGCAGGUUUGGAGGAGCUGGGGGACCUCUCAGAGGAAGCUCGUCCGCAGAGGCAGAGACGAGCCCGAGCCAAUUACAGCAGCUGGCAGCUGGAGGAGCUGGAAUCCGCCUUUGAGACCACACACUACCCUGACGUCUUCAUGAGGGAGGCCCUAGCUCUCCGGCUAGACCUGAUAGAGGCCAGGGUUCAGGUGUGGUUCCAGAACCGCAGGGCAAAGCUGAGGAGACAACUGAAACUGCAGGACCAAGGCCUCGUUAGGGGCUCGUUGGCCUUGGGACACAAGAAGCCCCAGGCCCCCCAGGCAACGGAAGGUUCAAGGAAGAGCUCUGGAGUUGGGAUACUGGAAAAAGACCCAGGUCACUGGCCAAGUGCUGGUCCCAAAGGACAGCCUCCUCCUCGGCCUCCCCUGUACAAGGAAUUUGGGGCAAAGACAGAAGAAAUUUGCUCCUGCAGCACCACCAGCUUGCGGGCCAAGGCAAAAGAGCAUGAGACUGAACUUGACCCUCCUGCUGCUUAGGAGCAGCCUGGUUUAAAUGAGUCCCAGCAGGGCUCUGGGCCUUAAACUGCUCCUGAUGUCUCGCCCCUGUCCCUUACCUCUCCAACCUCUGGGCCCUGGAUUGUUGUGACAUUUCUUAGGGGGUCAUAACCUUGUGAAUGGGGCAGGGAGCAUGGGAGGCACCAUCUAGAGGAGCUUCCCAAGCCUGUUGUCCAGCCUCAUCUAUCUCUGAGCACCCUUGGUGCUUCCCUAUUUGGUAGCUGUUGCCUGAACUCCUUUCUCUUUGGCAUCUGCAUUACAUUUCCCAGCAUCUGCACUCAACUGGGGCAACAGCAUGUACAGGGACUUUGGAUCUAAGACACCCUGGUUAAAUCCUUCUAUAUUUGAACAGGGUCAUACCCACCCUCUACCCCAUGCUUAUUUCUUAGGAUCCCUUCACUAGAACACAUGCAUUAGCGCAUGGUUGGCAGGGGGAUGUUGUCGCUCUACUCUGGGUCAGAGACGCAGAAUGGGGCCCAUGAACUGUGUGGGGGUGUGGAGGUAUGAGACAUGCAGAUACCUGGUCUUCACAUUCUAGCCUGGCUCUUGAGGCCCUGUGGAGUUCUCACCUGCUAACCAGAGCCAGGUAGGGGGACCAGACGUUUCAAUUUUUAUCAAGCCUGUUUCCUGAUUAGGGGCGCUGUCUUCUAUGCACAACCAUGCCAUCCCUCCCCCGGAAAAAGUGUUGCUAUUUUUCACACUGGCCCCUCUCAAGCCAGGGUUCAUUGUUCAACUCCGUGCUUCCUGGUUAUUUCUUCCAUGCUGUACUGCCCAAAACCACAAGAGGGCCCCAAGGUUCUGCAGGUGUUUCAGCUUCUUAGAAAGUGUGUGGGCUGGGGGUGGCCACAAUUCCUAAAAUUCAUCAGCCGCUGGUCCUUUGCCUCUAGUCAGACCCUGUGAGGUGCUGACGUGCGGGAGAUUCCAGAGGAGUGUCGUGGGGAGGGGGUUGGUAUUAAGCAGAAGUGACUGCUUUAUAGAGGGCAUAGCA